AUGGAGCAGACCUUCGCAGACCAGCACCUCUUCAUUACGGGCGGCACAGGUUUCUUAGCUAAAACUUUAAUUGAAAAGCUAUUGCGAUGCACGCCAAACAUUACCAAGAUAUAUGUAUUAAUUCGCCCUCGCAAGGGCGUAAUACCAGCUGAGAGAUUAAAGAAGGAGAUCAUUGGUAGUCGCGUCUUUGAUCGCCUUCGAGCUGAGAAAUCUGAUAGUUUUGAAGCUUUUGCAUGCGAGAAAUUACAAGCAAUUGCUGGUGAUAUCACGACACCUGACUUAGGUCUCAGUCCACAAGAUGCACAAUUAUUGCAAGCUCAGGUGCAGAUUUCUAUUCACUCAGCAGCUACAGUUCAGUUUGAUGAGCCUCUUGAAGUGGCUGUUGAAAUGAAUUGUUUGGGAGCUUUACAUGUUGCAAAAUUUGUACAAACAUGUCGUAGAAAUCGAUGUCACUUGCAUGUAUCAACGGCUUAUGUUAAUAGUAAUCGAAGAGAUACAACAAUUAGUGAGAAAUUGUAUCCUCUGGACUUCGAGGUACAUGAUGCUCUUAAUGCUGUAAUAACUGCAUCUCCAAGCGAAAUGGAACGAUUACGAGUUAAUCUCAUGGGGACAUAUCCCAAUACAUAUACACUUACCAAGUCAAUGACGGAGCAUUUACUCGUUCAAGAAUUUACACUCCAAUUUCCGCUGAUCAUUCACCGUCCAACCAUCAUUGGUGCAAGCUGGAAAGAGCCAAUGCCAGGCUGGGUUGAUCAAAUUGCUGCAGCUGGCGCAGUCUUCUUGGCUGCUGGCUUGGGCGUCCUCACUAUGCUCCCAGGAGAUCCAAGAAAUGUUGCUGAUAUUGUUCCUGUGGAUUUGGCGGUGAACAGUAUUCUUCUAUCUAUAUGUGCUAAGCUUCAUGAGCUCGUGAGCCCUCGAAUACUGCACGAAUCAACUCGAUCUUCAUCGACGGUUGCUGCAUUAAAUCAACCCAUGAUUGUUCAUUGUGGCACAUCCGAUCCUCGACAAAACCCUCUUCGUUGGCGUAUCCCGUGUAUGCUGGUGCCGGAGUAUUUUCGAAAGAAUCCACCAGCACGUGGACUAUUUCCGGCUAAAUUUUCCAUGAUUCCAACUCAUCAAAGCUUUCAGAUUCAAUGGUUUCUUAAAUACGCACUUCCAUCGUCCGUGUACUCGACUUUGGCUAACAAAAGUGGACAUUCCGCUCACAUUAAGAACGCCGCGAAGUUGUGGCAGCUUACCUGGCGUGCUCGUAAUCUUGUCGAGAUAUUUAAACCAUUCACUGAAAACCAAUGGAUUUUUACUGCUGACGUUGCCGAAACGACACUUCAAUCAUGGGCAACUUCGGAUUUUUGGAUUGAUUCUCACGAAAUUGCGUGGGAGCGCUAUGUGUUGAAUUACUGCGUUGGACUUAAAAAAUUUAUGCUGAAAGAGGACGUUAUUGACGUUGAUAUUGAAGGGGUGAAACAAACCAAACUUGCAUUAAGUACAGGACGUAUCUUGGAUUGGGAUCCGGAUCACCACGCAAUUUCGUUUCCUAGACUUCUUUCGGAUGUGGCUUGGGCUUACACGUCAAGUCGGAAGCCAGGAUACACUAAAUCUGGUCUCUUAGGUCGUGUCAUGGGCCUCACUGGAUGGAAAGAAGGUAUGAAUCACGAAGCUUCACAUGUUCCUAGACCUCAUGUGGAGUCCAUUGGUGGUUUACGUAACAGUGUCCUUGAAGACAAAGUCGUUCGUGAAGCUAUCAAAGAACGCGCAGUGGCUUCUGGAAUCGAUGUUGACGACGUUGAGCGUCAAGCUGCUUGCAUACUUGACACUAUGGCGGCACAGCUUGACUACAAAGCUGUGCGAAAGUUUGGAUGGCUGCUUCGAAAAAUAUGCCGAAAUAUGUACGAUCAGAUUCAUGUGGAUGAAACUGGACUUACACGUAUUCGUGAUCUACUUGCUGAGCGACGUGGCAGUGUUGUCCUUGUACCAACUCAUCGGUCUUAUGUUGACUUUCUGUUGAUGAGCUACGUAUUUUUCGCUUAUAAUAUUCCCGUUCCCUACGUCGCAGCUGGAGAAGAUUUUCUUAACAUGGGCAGUCUCACAAAAUUACUUCGCGAGUCUGGCGCAUUCUUUAUUCGUCGAUCAUUUUCAAAUGAUUCGCUCUACUCUGCCGUCUUUCAUGCCUACACGCAGUAUUUAGUGGCAAGAGGACACACCGUUGAGUUUUUUAUCGAAGGCUCUCGCAGUCGAAGCGGUAAGCAGCUACAUCCAAAGUUUGGUAUCCUGAAUACUGUCGUAGACUGCUACCUAUCGGACAAAGUCAAAAAUCUCUUCAUUGUUCCUGUGACGAUUGACUACGAAAAGCCAUUGGAAGUUCUUUUACAUCAAAAUGAACUUCUUGGCGAAGGAAAAGUUCGCGAGUCAAUAAGCGCGCUGCUGAAGGCCAUGCCGGUUGUACGUAAGAAAUUUGGCUCGAUCUCAGUUAUGUUUGGUGUCCCUUUGGAUGUGAAACAGUACGUGGAUGCAGCACUUGUACUUGCUAAAGAGCAAGAGAUGCUAGUACCUACACAAACUAUUGUAGAAGAUUUAGGCUACGUGAUCACAGACGCAUUGAUCAAGAACGCCACGUGUGCGAUGUCACAUGUAGUAGCGGCUAUAUUGCUUGUAUACCGCCAUGGUAUAUCCAAGGAAGAGCUUGUGCGCCAGGCUGAUUGGUUAAGACUGGAGGUUCUGCGUCGUGGCGGUCGUGUCGUGGGGACUCAAGGCCGUUCACCCACAAUUGUCGUGGAUUCUGCACUUAAGUUACUACACGAAUUCAUUACCAGGCGACGUAAAGACCUCGUAGAGCCUGCAAUCACAAGUCGAGAGCAAUACCCAAAUAUGAUUGGCCUCGGAUACUAUCGCAACAAGCUAUUGCACUGGUUUUAUCUCGAAGGUGUCUUUGCUUGUGCUUAUAAUGCUUUGGAGGCUUGUAACUCUCCAUCCAGUACUCAUCCUGAAUCAAGUCUUUCGAAAAGCUCGGGUGUAGAUCGUCAUGAGUUGUUUAGUGGUGCAUUGUUCCUGCACGAGAUGCUCAUGAUGGAGUUUGUUCGCAAAAAUGAUCCCAAAGCAGACCAAGAGCAGCUUCACGCGGCACUUGCACAACUGGAAACUCGCAAAGUGCUCGUUGCAAUCACUUCAUCGUCAUCGACUCCACGUGUUGAAGCAGUAGAUGGUGCGAUGUUAUCGCUGUUGAGUACAUUGAUCUGGCCGUUUAUAGACAGCUACUGGGUUGCUGUGACCAGUUUGUUUGCGCUGCGUCCACAAUGUGAAGUAAGUACCGAAGAUUUGCUUAAGCGUCUGCAAUGGCUUGCCGAAACGAUGUAUCACGAGAACCUCAUCAGUUUUUAUGAAUCAUGUUCACGUGAAACGCUUCAAAAUGCGUUGGCAUUGCUUGAAAGUUGGGGUGUGCUCUCCUCCCGCCGAACUUUAGACAAGCAGAAUGACAAGCAUGACAAAAAACAACCGGUAGAUAAGCUACUGAGUUUGACACAUCACUUUACUAAAGACGGUGAAUUGCGACAACUUGCUCAACGCAUCUCAAAAUUCCGCAAGCUACCGUUAGGUGCACAGCUAGCUACGACGAGUGAAACGGAGAUUCUGGCGCGUUUGCCGGCGCUUUCCCGCUUGUAG